CGGAGUUCGACCUUUUAAAUAAAUGUGUGUACACAUCAUGUUGUCCAUGUCUAUUUAAGUUCAGUUUAAAAGACAGUUUGAUCUGUGAGCAUUGCAUUCUGGUGGGAGCCAUCAUGGAGAGAGCUGUGCUGCAAAUCACCCUCUUCGGGCUGCUGCUGGCUUUGGCUGCGACACAACCGAACAAGGACGACUGGGACAUCUACAGCUUUCACAUCAACUCCACAGUGACCAGUCGUUAUGCAACCACUGUCAUCACGAGCCGCAUGGCCAAUCGUAUGGACAAGUCGAAGGAGAUAGAGUUCCACGUCCGGAUUCCCAAGAACGCCUUCAUCAGCAAAUUCAGAAUGUUUAUUGAUGGCCAAGUGUACGAUGGCAUUGUGAAAGGUAAAGAGAAAGCCAGGCAGCAGUACACUGAGGCUGUGUCCCGCGGACAAAGUGCCGGACUUGUCAGUUCUGUAGGGAGGACCCUGGAGGAAUUUAAGACCUCUGUGACUGUGGCUGCUCACAAAAAGGUCACCUUUGAACUCACAUAUGAGGAGCUGCUGAAACGCAGGCUUGGAAAGUACGAGCUGCAAAUCCACGCUCGACCCAUGCAGCCUGUGAAAAGCUUUAAAGUUGAUGUGCACAUUCACGAGGAAUCUGGCAUCAAUAUCGUUGAGGUUAAAGGAGGACUUGCCCUGGCUGAUGCCAUCAACAAAACACAUGCAGACAAUGAGGUGUGGGUGAACUUCUACCCAACAGAAGACCAACAGAAAACGUGUACCAGCUGUGGAGAGCAGGGACUGAAUGGAGAUCUGGUUAUUGUUUACGAUGUCAAUAGGGACAGUGGACUGGGAGACAUUAAGACUUCAGCCGGGUACUUUGUUCAUCACUUUGCCCCAUCUAGUCUUACCCGCAUAUCAAAAAAUGUUGUCUUCUUGAUCGAUCGAAGUGGCUCAAUGCACGGCAAAAAAAUGCAACAGACCCGGUUAGCCUUAAUCCACAUCUUGAACGACCUGUCAGAGGAUGACCACUUUGGUCUUAUCACUUUUGAUGGCAGCAUUUCUUACUGGAAACGAGAACUUGUUCAAGCCAACCAGCGAAACCUGGAGAGUGCCAAGAUAUUUUCAAGGAAUAUUAGAGAAAGUGGAGCCACAAACAUCAACAGUGCAGUGUUGGAAGGAGCCAGUUUGCUCAACGCACAUCCGAGAGAAGAUUCAGCAUCCAUCCUCAUUCUUCUCACUGAUGGAGACCCAACAUCAGGGGUGACAAAUCUUGAACAAAUCCAGUCAAAUGUCAGGGUGGCUAUUGCGGAUAAAUUCCCACUCUACUGUCUCGGUUUUGGUUUUGAUGUCAAUUUUGAGUUCCUUGAGAAGAUGUCGCUGCAGAACAAUGGUGUGGCACGACGGAUUUAUGAAGACUCUGAUGCUGAUUUACAGCUGAAGGGUUUCUAUGAAGAGGUGGCCACUCCUCUUUUGAUCGAUGUGACUAUGAGCUAUAAUGGUGGCACCAAUCUGACGCAGACUGAAUUCAGCCAGUAUUAUAACGGAUCAGAGAUUGUGGUGGCCGGUAAGAUCACUGACAACGACAUUGGAACCUUCACUCCACAAGUCGUGGCAAUUUCGAGCAGUAAAAAGAUGACGUUUUCUAACCCCAACGGCACCGUGGAGUCCACUGGAACAGAGUCUGCCGACCAAAUCCAGAGGGUUUGGGCCUAUCUCACGGUCAAACAGCUUCUGGAGAAAGAGCUGCUGUUAUCUGGAGCUGAGAAGGAGAACGUGAAGAGAGAGGCCUUGGAGCUGUCGCUGAAGUACAGCUUUGUAACUCCACUCACAUCCAUGGUGGUCACCAAGCCUGAGGGAGGGGACACCGAAGUGCUCCAUAAACCCAAGGAAGGAGAAGCCCCAAGACAUCCAAAUAUAGGUUCUUCGGGCAGUGUGAUGCAUUUCUUUGUUCCAGACGCUUUACCAGUUCCACAAGGUUUACCAGAUGACGGAGUAUCAUCAAUUCAACCAAGAGGCUUUGCUCCGGGAGCGGGCAGUGUGAUGUAUAACUCAGCACCACAAGGUGUACCAGAGAAAAUGGUGAAGCAGUCCUCUUCUCUCAGUCAAUAUGCAGAGACAAAGGGUCGCAGUUCUCACUACACGGGCAGUGUGAUGCAUAACUUUGGAGCACGACAAGCUUCACCAGGAGCACGACAAGGUUUACCAGGACCCCCGGCAUAUGGCUAUGGUGGGAUGGACUAUGGACGAGUAUCAUCAAAAAAAAGAAAAGGCUUUGCUCCGGGAGUUGUUUUUGCCAGCAUAGCACCUACUCAAGUUCAUGCCACCAUUGUGCCGGGAAAAGAUAAAAUUCCUGUUUCCCAUCGGUUUUUGCUAAAAGCUGAGAAUCAGUCACUUCCACUCUGCUUUGAUGUCACUGGAGACGUUCGCCUUAAACUACUUCACCAUCCCACCAGUGAGCUGUCUGUACACGGCGAGCUACAUUCAGUAACGAAUGGAGGCUUCAGAAGGAUUGUCAUCCAGCUCAAUGCUGACCUGUAUGUUGAUGUUGAACUCAAUAAAAUCACCGUGAGAGAGGGAUCGAGAAUAACACACCACACUGGACAGGAUCCCAUCACAGCUGGAAGUUGGACAAUUAUUAGGCGGGACAAGGAAAUCGAUGUUGCUGGUGGGGACACACACUUGGUCAUCUUAAUUCAGGGAAAGGACGCUCAAUCAUUCCUCUGGCCCGUUUUAAGACAGCAGUCAUCGGACAGCGCUGAAGGAAUUUUAGGCCAGCUUUCUUUCUUUGUUGUUUGCGCUCUGUGUCCAGCUCUGAAUCCAGUUUAUGAGGAGGUGCCACAAAUUCCCUUCACAAAACUUAGGAUCAAAGACCAGGAGAUUGACGUUACCAGGGCCAAUGCUGCUGACUACAGUAUUUCCCCCCCCCUGACACUGGACUGCUGGCUCCUGUCGGCCGACUCUGCCCUGCAGAGACGCCUGGAGGCCUUCAUAGUUUGAAAGGAAAAUUAUUCAAACACAAACAGAUUCAUCAUUGAAAAAUAUUUUCUAGCUGUAACUAACAUAAUCAAAUAAAUAUAAUCCAAGAUCAUUGGUUGUUUUGUG